AUGGUGGUGUACAUGUCUUGGCGUGAUGCAACAUUUGUUGGUGCGCUGACUCGGGCUCCAGGAGAGCUCUGGCCUGCUGCCAACGAUGUCCCUUGUGGGGCUACAAGGAGGGCUCGGGCCUUGGCGCGCGGGGGCAAGGUAUCAUCGCUGGCCGCGAUCGUCAAGUCCCGGAAGGUGUUCCAGGGGAAGCGCGGGGAGAAGCGCAAGCUAGGCAAGUGGAAAGCCACGCUGCCGUCCUCCGUCACGCGGUACAUCGUCGAGGAGGUGAUCAUGCCGACAGUGGCGGCGGGCGCGCGAGAGUGGGAGCCGUCGUGGGACCCGGGCUGCCACAACUGGCUACGCCCAUGGAUCCCGCUCAUCGGCCACCUGCCGGAAAGCCUCUACGACACCGUGGAGAGCAAGAUAAUCACCCACCUCUACGACGCCGUCUCUCCAUGGAAGGACUACCUGGAUCCCGUACAAUGGAACAGGUUCGCCCGGCGCCACGUCGUGCCCAGGCUAGCAUUGCUUGUGCGGGAGCUGAGGAUCACGCCGCCGAAGCAGAUCGACCCCUCCUUCCGGAUUGCGAUGUUCUGGGCGCCCCUCGUGAGCGCGCAGGACAUGGUGUCGAUCCUAGAGGAAGAGCGGUUUUUCGAGAAAUGGGAAAGCGCGAUGCGCCACUGGCUGCAAUGCACCGCGAGGCCACCGCUGGAGGAAGCCCUCGCGUGGUGUGCGGGCUGGAAGAAGCUCUUCACACCGGAGCUGCUUGAGGAUGAACACGUGCUCGCGCGUCUAGAUGCCGGCGUCGCUAUGGUUGAUCUUGGGAUGCAGGACCUCAGGCUAUAG